UUUCAUGCCGACCAAAGGCCGCCAAUUCGGAUGAAGGAAUGCAAGCUUAUUCCAAUGGUUUAAGUAGCCAAACUGACACAUCUAAAGAUACUUGGAUCGAGAAGCCAAAGAUCGACUGUCUCACUGCUGAAUGCUUACAGCUAUAUGAGAAAGCGCGUGCUAUCUCAGAUGAUAAACCUAUAGAGGUGAAGUUGGAUUCCAAACAAUUCAACUACAAAAAGGAUGCAUCGAUAUGGGUGUCUAAAGUUGAUAUCAAAGAGUUCCUUUGCGAAGAGAAGUUGAAUGUUUCCUUGAUUCAAGUCUUCAUGAGAUUACUCCAAAAUGAUCAUUGUGGACGCAAUUACAUACCACAACAAUUUGGGUGGUUAUGUCCAAGUACGAUCAGAGCUGACAUACGUUUGACUAACGGAGUUGAGGUGGAGGAGUCUAUUCAUCAAAGUGUCGACAAAUCUAUUUCUACAAAAAAGAAUUUCAUACUUGCCCCUUGUAUUGAAGGUGGCCAUUGGUCGCUCCUUGUGAUUUGUCCUAAAAACAACACAGUAUAUCAGUUUGAUUCUUUAGCUCAAAAUCCACCACGACCCUUACAACUCAAAUCAUACAUAAAUAGUUCGUUGAAGAAAGUAAUGGGAACGAGUCCUCAGUGGAAAGCAAUGAAGGUAAUACAUAUUAGUUAAGCUAGUUGUUUUUAGCAAAAAAAAACAAAUAUUUUUUACUCUUACAUGAUUUUUUAUGUAAUUCUAUAAUUAGUGUGCGCGACAACCACCGGGAACCGAUUUGUGUGGCUACUACGUGUUGAGGUUCAUGUUCGAUAUAACCUCAAUUCGCAAAGAAGACGGGGAUCUUGAGAAGCUAUUCCUUGAAUCAAGGGAGGGUUCUUUCACCACUACCGAGAUCAGCGAGGUUCGAGAUUUGUUAGCACACUACCUUACCAACGAUUGUAUGCAAAUGUGA